AUGACCGAGCCCCAUUUAAGAGUCUACACAGUUCUCGAAAACAAAGUGUUUGAAGUUCCGUAUAACGCCUCUACGACAGCUGAAGAUGUGUGCAUUUUUGUUUGUAAACAACUCGGUGUUUCACCGAUUGCCAGACACCUGUUUGCUCUGCGAACAACAAACAAGCAAAUCUUUCUACGGCCCUCGGCGGUGUUCACCGAAAAAAAUACUCACUUUGAAUUACGCAUUCGCUUGAAGGUGCCGAACAGCACCAAGCUUCGGAAAAUUGACGAGAGGGCUUACGACUAUUAUUUUCAUCAGGCUCGCACUGAUGUGCUUGAAAAUAAGAUACCUGACAUUGUUUAUGAGAAGUACAAGCGGGAGUUGGUUGGUUUAGGGAUCACUGAUAUGUACAGAGUGAUGCUGGAGAAGGAUAUUCCAAGGGAGAGUGUGGAAAAUGAAUAUAAAAAAUACAUACCAAAAGAAGUGAUCAAAAGACACUCUUUUUUUAUUAAAAAACCCAUACAUGACACAUUGGGCAAACUACAGAAGUCGGUACAUGAUGCCAGAUAUGUGAAAGCUGAGUACUUGAAACAGCUCGAUAUCAUAGCACCAGAGUACCUCUCUGAAGUUUAUAAAGCAGUGACUGAUGAAGACGGUGUUGUUUGUGCCAUCACUAUCAAGGUUACUCCUCAUCACCCUACUGAACCAGGGAUUAAAUUUUUAUCAGAAUCAAACAAAGACUGGCAACGCAUUUGCACCAUUGAAGAACUGGGUUUUAUCUCGAUAAGAGAUGACGAUGGUACUGUUGAAAUCAGCAGAAAAAACGGAAUUCCAUUUUAUUUAAAAUUCAACUCAAACCAGUUGAUGUUUUCUUUCAUUAGCCUGUUAGAUGGCUAUUAUAGACUGACCUGUAAAUGGACUUUUAAUAUUUGUAAAGAUGUUGUAACGCCUUCAUUGCAAAGAUUGUACGCCAUGAAGUGCCAUGGACCUGUUGGAGGUGAAUUUUCUUAUGCUAAAUUAGAAGAAAAACGAAGCAACCGUCCAGGCUGUUUUAUUAUAAGGGAAAGUGGCGUUAAAUAUAGUGACUACUAUAUUGAUGUUUGCAUGAAAGACAAUUUAAAUCCACCUAAACCAAAAACCUUCAAACUGGAAAGAAUAACCGGCGAUGAAUUUAUUUUCAAUGACGAUUUAACAAGAUAUAAGAGCAUUCAGCAGCUCAUGGCUGCUUACAACGACCCCAAUGGCCCCAUACUUUUACAAGAAUGUUUGCCACCUUCAGAAUACGACGUUUCACCUUUACUUCUUUGUCAGAGUGAUAAUUUGCCAGGAGAUUCAGUAACAGAUAGUUCAGCUUUAAGGACGAUUUUACCAACAGCCCCUUUGUGCAUCAAUUGCAAAGACCUCCAAGUUUUCAAGGGCCAAAGGAAAGACGGUUCUAGAGGAAUUACAAUGACUUACAGAAGUAUGUGGAAGGUUACAAAAGGUAAAAAAAUUGAAGUGACCAUGAAAGUGCUUAAACAGGAAUCUUGCGAUAAGUAUUUGAAGGAGUUUCUUGAACUUGCUGGUCAAUACGCAUACCUUCACUCUGACGCAAUUGUUCGUCUGUUUGGAAUAACGUUAUCAAGUAACGUUUCACUGAUUUUGGAGUACUUUCGGUUAGGUCCUCUAGACCAAUACUUGAGAGAACAUAAGGGAAUAUUGAAGAAAGUUGACUUAAUUGAAGCUGCCAGUAAUCUUGCUUCAGCACUCUGGCAUUUGAAGGAAAAUGGGAUUGUUCAUGGAAAUAUCAGAUGUAGAAAAUUAAUGGUCAAUUCACACGAUGAAAAUUCAUUUACUGUUAAACUGACUGAUCCAGGAAUUCAUAUUUCUUAUGCAUCAAAAGAGGUUCAUUGGAUUCCUGUGGAAUGUUACACGAAUCUGGACUACGCCAAGCGCUCAACGGCCGCCGAUGUGUGGGCGUUCGCCACAACCCUCUGGGAAAUCUUCGUGCUUGGUGAAGAAAUAAAAACCAGCGAUCACGUGGAAACGAUGAGGUGGUAUGCAAGCGGCAAACGCCUGCCUUGCCCCCCUUUAUGCGACAAAGACAUAUACGACCUCAUGCUUGAAUGCUGGAACGCCGACCCCCACCGAAGAAAGCAACCCCAAGCCAUCAUGCGAGACAUCAAUCAAAUCUUAUACCAAGUGUACAAUUCAAGACGUACUCAUUCCUAUGCGAAAAUUUUCUCAAAAUCGAACUCAACUCUCCAAACAGUCGCAGCUUCAUCAACCUAUAGCCUGGCAUCAAACACAACCCAGUCCACCUUCAUGGUCAAUUCGGAAGAUCUAGUCGCAGCGAGCGAAAUCGAAAGCGAUUCCUCGGCACCGUCCAGUAAUCGCAGCCAAUCGCAAAAUUGUUUUCUAAAUUCGCAGGAGGUUCUGAACAAUGAGGAUACAUAUUCUUGCGAUUUCUCCAACAUACUGUCGAAUUUCAAUUUUUCGACAGUGACCACGUCGCUUGAUAGCAUCAAUUCGUUACAAAGUAUACUUGAGUUGGACCAAGACUGUAGUGUAGUUUUGCAAGGGAGGAUUGGGCAAGGGUUUUACGGGGAAGUGUAUAAAGGAACUUUGGAAUAUCCCGGAAAUCCUGAAAUUGAACCGAGAAUCGUGGCAAUCAAAAAACUGAAAUCGUCAACUGUGUCUGCGUGUUUGCAAGACUUCGAACGGGAAAUUAACAUUAUGAAGACUUUGCAGCACCGGAAUAUUGUUGAAAUUUUGGGGGUUUCCCGGGAACCGGAUAUUUCCCUAGUCAUGGAGUUCGUCCAUCAUGGCUCUUUGCAGAGUUAUUUGAAAAUCAAUCGAGAGUCGUUGCAAAUUAAACAGUUGUUGAAAUUCGCGCUUGACAUUGCUGAGGGAAUGAAUUAUUUGGGCAAGAAAAACAUCGUCCAUCGGGACUUAGCCACCCGGAAUAUUUUGGUAGCUGACGAAAACCACGUCAAAAUCUCCGACUUUGGCUUAGCGCAAGUCAUUGGCACUAAUGACUAUUACAUCUUGAAAACAAACCGGGAAUUGCCGAUUAAAUGGUACGCGCCUGAAAGUUUACGAGACGGCAAGUUUUCCGUGCGUUCCGACGUUUGGUCGUACGGUGUCACAAUGUGCGAAAUGUUCAACUGGGGCGAAGAGCCGAAAUUGUCGAAUCUGGGAGAGGAGGAAGUCAGAGGUCAAGAGCAGCAAGUUCUCUUGAACGCCUUGGAGAGCGGGGCCAGAUUUCCGUGUCCUCCAAUGUGCCCACAAGCUGUCUAUAUACGGAUUAUAUAUCCGUGUUGGCACGCGGACCCCCACGAGCGGCCCGCGUUUAGCGUCCUCGUCCAGGAAACGCAAGACCUGCUAACGCAGUAUUGAGUGAUAUUCAGUGCCCAUGCAAGGGUGAGCACAGGAAAGAGCACCACUUUGUAUAAUCUUUUGUAUUAAGUUAUUCACAAACGCCUAUUUAAGAUCAAGUGUUAGAUUUUAGUUUAAAUAAGUACCUGUCGUUUUUAUUAUUUGCUCAAUUUAUUUGGAACAAGCACUUCUCGUGCCAUUUCUCAGUGCAAUCAACUUGUAAAUAUGUAUAUUCUAUAUUUUAAAAUAAAUGUUAAUUUAAG